UUUGUUUUGAGUUGAGCUCGAACUUGAAUCAGACAAAAAGAGAGAGCGAAGAAGGAGCAUCGUUGCCCGGCUUUUUCUAAUCCGCCCGAUUCACAGGAAACUUCUUGUCAAAUGAAUUUCAGCGAAGUUUUAAAUGUUUCUGGUUUCUGCUCUGGUUUUCUAGUUUCAAGGCAGUUCUUUGUGAAACCUACAGCACAGAGAAAAUUCCUAGAUGCCCUAGUCAUAAUCAAGUUAUGCCUCAAGAGUUUUGAAUUGAGAGGGGAACUUCCAUUUUAAUUGUUAGCACCCAAAAGAAGAUACUCAUCAAUCUUUUCUCCAUGAUAUUAUAAACAGUUGAUGUAACAAUGGUACUAAUACUGGGACGCAGAUUGAACAGAGGGGAUAGCCGGGCCCAGGAAUCCCCAGUAACCAAGCGUAAAGUUUUUGAAAUGGAUCCAAAGUCCUUAUCAGGCCAUGAAUUCUUUGAUUUCUCCUCUGGAUCAUCCCAUGCUGAAAGCAUACUUCAGAUCUUCAAUGAAUUUCGCGACAGUCGCCUGUUCACAGAUGUAAUUAUCUGUGUAGAAGGUAGAGAAUUUCCCUGUCAUCGAGCUGUUCUCUCAGCCUGCAGUAGCUACUUCAGAGCUAUGUUUUGUAACGACCAUAGAGAAAGCCGGGAGAUGUUGGUAGAAAUCAAUGGAAUUUUUGCAGAAGCUAUGGAUUGUUUUUUACAAUACGUGUAUACAGGGAAAGUAAAAAUCACAACAGAGAAUGUGCAAUACCUCUUUGAGACAUCAAGUCUCUUUCAGAUAAGUGUUUUGCGUGAUGCUUGUGCUAAGUUCCUGGAAGAGCAGCUGGAUCCUUGCAACUGCCUAGGAAUCCAGCGUUUUGCUGAUACUCAUUCUCUGAAAACGCUUUUUACUAAAUGCAGAAAUUUUGCACUGCAGAAUUUUGAGGUUGUGUCCCAACAUGAAGAAUUUCUUGAGCUUGGAAAAGAUGAACUUAUUGAUUAUAUUUGCAGUGAUGAACUGGUAAUCAGUAAAGAGGAGAUGGUUUUUGAAGCAGUCAUGCGUUGGGUUUACCGGGCUGUUGACCUCAGGCGUUCAGUGCUCCAGGAGCUCCUCACACACGUGAGGUUGCCUUUGUUACACCCUAACUACUUUGUUCAGACAGUUGAAGUGGACCAGUUGAUCCAAAACUCCCCUGACUGUUAUCAGCUGCUGCAUGAAGCAAGAAGAUACCAUGUACUGGGAAACGAAAUGAUGUCCCCAAGAACUAGGCCGCGGAGAUCAACUGGCUAUUCUGAAGUGAUAGUUGUUGUCGGAGGCUGUGAACGAGUUGGGGGGUUUAAUUUGCCAUACACCGAAUGUUAUGACCCUGUGACUGGAGAGUGGAAAUCACUGGCUAAAUUACCAGAAUUUACAAAGUCAGAGUAUGCUGUAUGUGCUUUACGGAAUGAUAUCCUUGUUUCAGGUGGAAGAAUCAACAGUCGUGAUGUGUGGAUUUAUAAUUCUCAGCUUAACAUAUGGAUCAGAGUUGCCUCUCUAAAUAAAGGGAGAUGGCGUCAUAAGAUGGCUGUCCUUCUUGGUAAAGUAUAUGUAGUUGGAGGAUAUGAUGGGCAAAGUCGACUGAGCAGUGUAGAGUGUUACGAUUCAUUUUCCAAUCGAUGGACAGAGGUAGCAUCUCUUAAAGAAGCUGUGAGUUCUCCAGCAGUUACCAGCUGUGCGGGAAAACUUUUCGUGAUUGGUGGAGGUCCUGAUGACAACACGUGUUCUGAUAAGGUUCAGUCAUAUGAUCCUGAUACUAAUUCUUGGCUGCUCCGCGCAACAAUACCCAUUGCAAAGAGAUGUAUAACAGCUGUAUCACUGAACAAUCUCAUUUAUGUUGCGGGAGGACUCACAAAGGCAAUAUAUUGCUAUGAUCCAGUUGAAGAUUAUUGGAUGCACGUGCAGAAUACAUUCAGCAGACAGGAAAACUGUGGCAUGUCCGUGUGUAAUGGCAAAAUCUAUAUCCUUGGUGGGAGGCGAGAAAAUGGAGACGCCACAGAUACCAUUCUUUGUUAUGAUCCUGCAACCAGCAUCAUCACAGGAGUAGCAGCCAUGCCCAGGCCGGUCUCAUAUCAUGGCUGCGUAACUAUUCACAGAUACAAUGAGAAGUCCUUUAAGCUUUAAAAAGAAGAGUGUUUGAAUAAAAAAAAUCAGUGCAUUUUACAACCGGGAUUUGAAAGAUUUCUGUUAAGAAAAGGAAAGCUUCCUUUUCCAAAAUGUCAUGUGGAAAGAAACACCAUUGUGCUCAUUAAAAUUUAAAAAAUGUGUUCAAAUAUAACUGUUAAAUAUUUCCUGUAACUAUAGUUCAGUGGUUUCUGACAUGUUCUGAAAAUAAUAGUUUAUAUUAUUAAUUUGAUCAAAUUCACCUUCUGUAUUAUCUGUAAUCUAAACCUUGGAUUUGGGUAUGGAACAAUACAUUUGCAAAUAUUCUUGCCUAUUUUAUACUGAGCAUUAUCUGCAUACUUUCAUAUCUUUGUGGUAAGUAGUUUUAAGUACUGUCAGCUGUAUUGAAGCUUGACUUCAUACCUGUGACUCACGAGAUAAUGGUCUAAAAAGUCACUGCUGGUCUUGUCAAACUGGCCUAUUUCAAUUUCUUACUUUAAUUGGGCUUCUAUUUAUAGAACACCCAUUAAAAUAUGUGGAAAAAACACUCUUUGAAACUCUAAACAACUUCAAAAUGGCAGUGUCCUUUAUUAACAUGAUAGACCUCUUAUCAGUAAGGAAUAUUUUUAAUAUAUAUCCAUUAAGCACUAGAUAUGUAUAAGGACAUUCAGUUAAGGAAGCAAAUGAGUUUUGAUUUAUUCAAAUACUACCAUGGUGUUGUUUUGAAUCUUAACUCUAAACCAAAUCUUAAGGUUGCAAUCUUAUGAUCUCUGAGGGACAACCCAGAAGCUAUAGGAUAGAUCAGAUGUCUGUCUCCCUUUGAGGGUGGAGAAAGAGGUCCACCCUCAGUGGCUGAGAUCCGGAAUAAUGGGCUGAAGUUACAGGAAACCAGAUUCCAACUUGACAUCAAGGACUGUCAGAGCAGUAUGACAAUGGAACCAAUUAGCUAGGAAGGUAAUAGGAUCUUGCACAGUAGAGGCAUUCAAGAUGCAGCUGGUCAGCUACCUGUCAGGUAUGAUUUAAUGUGGAUUUAAUCUGCAUUGAGCAGGGGGGCGGUUGGACUUGGUGGCCUUAUAAGCCCCUUCCAAUUCAACUAUUCUAUUAGUCAAUCUUAGAUGCAUAUUCAAAAUGGCUGCCAGUGCACUCUACUAAGCCCCACAUGGAAAUCAAUCCAUGGUGGCUUAGCAUUAUGUGCAUACAGCCUUUCAGAGUGACAAUAGGAUAGCACAAGGUAGAGCAUGAAUAAACCUGUUAUACCUAUUCAUGUUUCCAGGGUAGAUUUUCUACAUUAUUAUCACAGAAUGAGCAAAUAUGCAUGUAAUUGUCACUGCACUUUACCCUGUAUAUUGCUCUGGUCAGUUGUCCAUGAUGAAUGCAAUAUAAGCAUUUGCUGCAAAUGAUAAUAACUGAGGCAGAAUUAGUUAUACUGACAUGUCCAAUAGUAAAUUAUAUUUUACUUUGAACUUUCAUUUCUGUUUCCUGAGCCUUACUUUGACAGGUUUACUAAAUCUAAAAUAUGACAAGCUUUGCAUUUGCAUUUUAUUUACAAUGUGUAACAGUUAUGUUGCUUUGAAUAUUAUGAUUCUUUGAAGGGCACUAGUUAUGUUCGUGUAAGUCAACCAGUCUACUUUCCUCCAAGUAGAAGGAAGUAGUAAGUCUACUUUCCUCCAAGUUGAAAAGCAUUGCAUAUUAUUGUUCCACCUCCAUUUUUACAUCUGACGUUGUUAGCCAAUGUAUAAAUGCUUUAUUGGACGACAAGGCUUAUUAUCCCUUAAAAUGACAUCUCACUUUUAUGUCAAAUAGAUUGCCAAGCAAUGACUGAAACAAUGGUCCUUACAACUACGUAAUUUGGCAUAAAUCUGUUAGGUUAUCAUUCACAGAAUUGUGUGGGUGUGUUUUAAAAAGAUCUUGCUCAAAUUUAGUAAUCCAUUGAGUGUUUUCUCAUAAAUUGAUAUAUGACUGUAUUGAAAUGUUCGUAUUCAGACUAUAGAUGCAAGUGUACAUGAAUUAGCAUUGACUGUGCUUCUGGUUUUGGAGGCAGUUGUGCUACUGUUCAAAGGAUGGGCAGAGCAAGAUAUGCUGGAGCAAGGUAUAUGAAGUUGUAGACACAGCUGUGACUUCAAGUGGGGGAUUCUGCAUUCUGAUCCCUCGCUCACCUCUUCUUAGCUGCCACAGAGAGAAUGGCAGCUGCUCCCUGAGGUUGGAAAAGCGACCUUGGAUAACAACAUAGAGGUCAGCAGUGGGGUUCCAGUGGGAGGGAGGGGAGAGGAGAAACUAGGAACUGCUGUAUCUCAUGGCCUCUCCAGCCCGACCCACAGCAGCGCAACCAAUUUAGACAGGUUCAGAGGCCCAUCUGGAGGGGGGAAAUAAAAAAGAGGACAGAAAGGCAAAAACUGCCCCCAUUACUCUUCCUGCUCUGCUAACAGCAGUCUGACAGGACAUUAGAUACUUGGAAGCCUCCAACAGCAGAGGCUUCCAUCUAGCAGGCAGCAAUCCCAUAGGACUGCUGCCCUAAAUGUUUUAUGUAGUAAACAUUCAAUAUUAGCUGUAUGAGUGAGCAAUACUGUCUCAUAACCAAAGGCUCCAUUUCUGUAAUCAAUAUUAUUUUCUUAAAAAAAUAACAUACUAUAUGAAUACGUAAAGUGUAUUCUUGGUAUGCCAAACACUUGGCAUGUUUCUGUAAAAAAUAAAAUAAAAAGCUGACAUUGCUCUUUUGAGUAUAUGCACAUUUAAAAGAAACAGUUCACAUGUGGCAAGUGUUAGACACGAUGUACUGGAUUGUGCCGAAUUGGCAACUAUUUUUUCAUAGCCUCUGAUUUGGAACCAGCGUUGAAGUUGGCACCCGUUGUUACUGCUUCCUUAAAUCCACCUUCAGUGUAGCAGAUGUUAUUUGGGGCACUCUCAUGAAGCUAGUUAACAAGAAGUAACUCCCAUUCAUAGUUGUGAAUAAAUCAACCUGCUAUCAGCUAUUUGAAAAUGGUACUUUAAUGAAUCAGGCACCUGUUUAUACAGUUUGGCAUCUUAUACCAGAAUAAGCAACUAUUGCUUUGUGUAGAUUACUUCAAACACCGUUUAUCUGAAUUUCCUUGCAUGCUCACUCUCGCAGCUUAGAAUCCACAUAAAUGGAAUUUACCUGUACAUCACUCAAAGGAGAAAAAACAGCUGCUCAUUUUGCAGUAAUUUGCAUUCUUCAACAGGAGUUGUUACAGAUUAUAAUAUUGAUCUUGCUCAACUGUUCAUCCUGCUUUGCUGUACUGUACUGGGUCUUUUUCCCAUUAUGUUCAUUUUCUGGCUCUAGCCUCUGACUUGCACUGCAGUGGUGCCAAAUAGGUUAGCCUUUGCACAACCUGAUCCUAUGCAUGUUUGUUUAGAAAUUAGUCCCAAAGAACAAAGUGGAGCUUUCCACACCUGUGUAUGGAAUUACAGCCUUAAAAAUAUUAGUUACUGCCUUGUUCUACAUCCUAUGUUGACUGUGCCUUAACACUGUUCCUGAGUGUGAUCCAGUUGUGGACACAAAACAAGACCAUCCACUGCCUAAUGAUAAAUCAUAUUUAUUUGUGGACUGGGCACAAUAUUUCAGUUGUACUUCUGUAGCUCAUCAAGACCACAGAUUCUACCUCCUUAAUCAGGGAUUCCGGGAGAUCAUACUUUUCAUUUGGCUUUUUUCUUCUCCAAUAUUGCAGUGGCAUCUUGCUUUAUGAUAUGCAGAAGUAAAAUAGGUGGCAAAUGUGGCAAAGAAAAAAUAAAAGCAGGUUAUUAUACAUGGUAAAGUAAUCUCAGGAAUUACAUCAUUUUCUAGUUGAAAUCAAAUGUAUAUUCAGUGAUACCAAGGGAACUAAAAAAUUAGAUAGCAUAUUCAAAGACUAUCCUAAGAAUUACUCUCUUCACUAAUUUCGUUUGGCAAACAAAGUUUGAAUUCCUGUGAAUAAGGACCAUUGUCAGUUAACAUAUUUUAUACACCUAGUUUUUGCAUUGAUGUAUUGAAUAAUUAGUACAAUAAUCGUUAAGAAAAAGAGCAACUUGUGACUUAAUGAAGCUCUGUAUGUGUUUUUUAUGCUGUACUUAUGUAAUAUUUGUUACAUUUACUUCUGAAUUGCAUGUAUAAAAUUGUGCCUGUUCUGUAAAUACACUCAGCUUUUUAUGGUUGUAAGCAGCAUCCUGGUUAUACUUGUGAUCUUUUUUUACAGAUUUUUUGAAGUUUAUACUAAAUAAGGAACAGUAGGUUACAUCAGUAAAUAGAGAGGCUUAGAUACAAAAUAUUUUCUGUACAGUCAGCCAGUUUGUAUGUUGAAUGUAGUUACGAUUGCAAUAGAUAUCUAGGCAAUUUGUUAAAGUGAGCAAUUUAUAUACUAGACAAAAUACAUUUCAUUGUAGUCAUUUCCCAUCGUGAGAAAACAUUGCUCAACAUAUAGUAGAAUUAAAUAUUUCACAAAAUAUUUCCUUACCUAUGCAACAACAUUUCUUGGACUCUUAACAAUAUUGUUCCAUUUGGGAGGGAUUCCAAAACUGACUUAUUAACAGAAUCAUCAUAAUGCAAAACUAAAUUUACAUUGUUGCUUAAAAAAGGUUACUUUCGCAAAUCCACCUAUUAGAUUUAGUGGUUUCUCUAUGGCAUACGAGUUAGUUUGGUAGGUUUUAAAUUAGAUCCUGACAUGGCACAUAUCCUUUAAACUUUAUUAUGACUGACAUAUUUUUCUUAACAAUUGUAAGAUCUUAAAUAGUCAGGCCAACAUUCCUUCUCCAUUCAAUUAAAGGGUUUUCCAAAUCUUUGUCAAUACUACCACAAAAAUGGCAGCUAAUCACAAAUAAAACCCACCAGAUGAAAUCUUUCAUUUGUAACUCAAAAGAUUUGAACCAGGGAUAGUAAUUUUAAUAAUAGUUUAAUAAUUAUUAUGUUGCUCUUAUUAAUGUACUUUAUUAACAUAUUGCCCUAAUUAAGACUUAUCAGAGUUACGUUAACAUUUAACUUGCAUUCUUGUAGGACACAGUAUAUUAGUCAACAUUUUAACGUGUAUGUAUUUAUAAGUAUGUGUGAUUUGUUUUGGUGAUCAUUUUAUGAUAAUGAAGAUGAUCAUUUGUAAAUGAUACAUUUAAAGCUACUGUGUAUGGUAUGUAGCAGUAUUUAAGUGAGGGUGAAAAGCAUGUGAUUGUAGUUUAUUUUGUAUAAUUAAUCCAAAGAAUAGAACCUGUAUGUUUGUAAACAGAACUGUUAUUACUGUAAUCUCUACCAAAAAAAAUUGAAUGCAGAAUAAAUAUAGCUAAUUUGGUUUACA